UCUGGGAGCGAAGGCGGAGCCUCGGAGAGCAUCUUCUGGCCCCCGGGGCCUGGACUGGCCCGCCGCCCCCACCUGCAGCGCGGCGGAGCGCGGGCGCGUCACUCCCAGCGGAAGCGCCAGCCCCGCGUCUGGCGAGGUGCGCGCCUCGCGGCUCCCGCUCCGGAGCUUCGUGGCCCGCCCGUGUCUGCAGAGCAGGGGCGGGGGCCCGGCGGCACGGCUGGGGACUGAGAUCGAAAAAGCCGUGGAAUCGUAGACAGUCGCCCAGCUCGGACAGCGCGUCGGGGCGGGAGCAGAUCGCGAAGGUGAAGGACAGCUGCGGAUCCGACAGCGCGUCCCAGGUCAGUCCUCCCGCUGCACUUGAGCAAACUUUGGGAUGCCGUGACGGCUGCGAGAUGAGGACACGGAGGGUCGCGAGGCCGCCUGGCCCCUGUGCGCCCCGCGAACCCGUACCUGCUGCGCACCUGACACCGCAGCGGCCGGGGUGGGGACCGACACCCCGUUACCGCUGACCACUGCGGGCGACCAAGGGCUAGCGGGCUUCAGGGGCCUCCAGGGAGCCUCUGGCUCGCCCGCGCCCAGCCGCGCGCCUCCGGUCCCCGCGGGUCCCCAGCUCCUGUUGGCGGCUCGCUCCCGGACCCCGCGGGGCUGCGGAUUCCGCCGUCUUCGGGCCUCGUGGCGUUGGAGGAACGGCCCGGGGCCCAGGGCCCAGGGACGCGGGGUGGCGGCCCCGCGGUGGGAGCGGCGCGUGCUCGGCCGGUGGAGCGCGCGGGUCGCGGGGUCCGGCUGGAGCGCGUGGCCGCAGGUGCCUGUGGCCGCUGGGCAGCGGAGCACCUUGGACUUGCUCCCUCCCGAACUGGGGAAAAUCUGAGGAAGCCAGGCAGGGACCUGGGAGACACCACUGCCUUCAUACUCAACAGCCUGGAAAUCCAGUCACCUUGGUACCUCGCCGCUUCCCAGACACUUUGGAGGAGCAGGAGCUGACAGCUGGCUGACAGAAAGCUCACCCAGGGAGAGAAGAGAGAAAAAUCAAGUAUGAGAUUAGGAAUAAUGUUUUCAGAAUAGACCUGCAAGUUGGGACCCACGCUGCCAUCUGAAUUCCUGCACCCCAAGUUUCAGGUAUUGAUUUCUGACUUUUGAAGAUGGAUGAAGGCACAGAAGUCUCCACUGAUGGAAAUUCCCUGAUCAAAGCUGUCCAUCAGAGCCGGCUUCGCCUCACAAGACUUUUGCUAGAAGGUGGUGCCUACAUCAACGAGAGCAAUGACCGCGGGGAAACACCUUUAAUGAUUGCUUGUAAGACCAAACACAUCGACCAGCAGAGUGUCGGUAGAGCCAAGAUGGUUAAAUACCUCCUAGAGAACAGUGCAGACCCCAACAUCCAGGACAAAUCCGGGAAGAGCGCUCUGAUGCACGCAUGCUUAGAAAGAGCGGGUCCAGAAGUAGUUUCCUUGCUCCUCAAGAGUGGGGCCGACCUCAGUUUGCAGGACCAUUCUGGCUACUCAGCUCUGGUUUAUGCUAUAAAUGCAGAAGACAGAGAUACCCUCAAAGUCCUCCUUAGCGCUUGCCAGGCGAAAGGGAAAGAGGUCAUUAUCAUAACCACAGCAAAGUCACCCUCUGGGAGGCACACCACCCAGCAGUACCUCAACAUGCCUCCCGCAGACUUGGAUGAGAGCCAUCCGCCGGCCACGCCUUCAGAAAUUGACAUCAAGACAGCCUCGUUGCCACUCUCAUGUUCUUCGGAGUCAGACCUGACACUUUUUGGCUUUAAAGAUAAGGCAUUUUCUGGAAGCAGUGAUAAUACUUGGGACCCAGACUCUCCUCGGCAGAAGCCUGUGAUGACCACCAAUGGGCCCAAGCUAUCCCAGGCUGGUGCCGCCUGGAUCAAAAAUCCCCCAUCGUUAAAGCACCAGGCCAGAGUGGCCUCCUUGCAAGAGGAGCUCCAAGAUAUCACUCCAGAGGAAGAAGUAGCGUACAAAACCACCGCGCUGGUACUGUCUAAGCGCUUCAUCACCAGACACCAGAGCAUUGAUGUAAAAGAUACCGCACACUUGCUCAGGGCCUUCGACCAGGUCAACUCCAGGAAGAUGUCGUAUGAUGAGAUAAAUUACCAUUCUUUGUUUCCAGAAGGAAACCAGUCAUGCAUGGAAACUCCCAAUGACCAGGACCCAGAUUCUAACCAGACCCUAUUUGCCUCCACUUUAAAAAGUAUAGUUCAAAAGCGAAACUCAGGGGCCAAUCACUACAGCUCUGAUUCUCAGCUCUCAGAGGGUAUUACCCCUCCAAACUUAGAAGACGGUAAAGCCGGAAAGAAAAAGAUCUUCGCACCAUCUCCUUCCUUACUAACGGGGUCCAAAGAAGUAAUGGAGACGGUCCCCCCGGGCCCCCUGAGCAGGAGGAACCAUGCGGUUUUAGAAAGGCGGGGCUCUGGGGCUUUCCCCAUUGAACACAGCCUCGUGCAGAGCAGACCCGGGUUUCUGCCACCCUUGAAUGUAAAUCCUCACCCUCCCAUCACAGACGUCGGUGUCAACAACAAGAUCUGCAGCCUGCUUUCUUGUGGCCAAAAAGUGCUUAUGCCAACGGUUCCUGGUUUCCCGAAGGAAUUCAAAAGCAAAAAGAUGUUAUUGAGGAGGCAGUCAUUGCAGACAGAACAAAUUAAGCAAUUAGUAAAUUUUUAAGAGACGCCUAGAAAACACAUCAUGUUCAGACGUCUGGAUCAGAGAAACAUAGACUUAAAGAAGAAAUCUUAACUGUAUCCUUUUAAGUCUUAGCUAGUGCAUCAAGGCU